GAGCGAGAAAGACUACAAAAGCGAGAGCGAGAACGAGAACGAGAACGAGAACGAGAACGAGAACGAGAACGAGAACGAGAACGAGAACGAGAACGAGAGUGAGAGCGAGAGCGAGAGCUCCGGAGUUAUGGAGAGCGCGCGGCGUUGCGCCAGACGAGAGUUGAAGGAAGAGACUGGCUACAAAGCCAAGGCCGUUCGUCUCGGGGGGCCCUUCAAGACCGAAGGGCAAAGGACCUACGCAAGGUCGUGUGGGUCGACCAGAGCGCCGUCAGAGGCCAGCUCUCUUCCCGCAAGGAGAUGCUUCGCCUCUUUGAACAGGCCGAAAAACACUUGAGAAAACUUGACUUUGACUCCAUGUGGGAUUCAAUGCCUGCAUUGAGCCUUGUGGAGACUGCCUCGCAGCAUUC